CCCAGCUUCUCCUUCCCUGCGCUCUCACAUCGCGGUCGUCGGGGACUUGAUUCUGCCUUUUACGCGCGACUUCGCGCUUCGAGUUGCGCGUUGCAUCUUUGAAUUAACCCAGAAUUUGCAAGUCGCGACAAAGACAUCAUGGCGGACUACCAGGAUGUCUACGAGGAGGAAUACUACGACGAUGAGGAGGAGGGAAUCACGUCGGAAGACUGCUGGACGGUGAUUUCAUCAUAUUUUGAUUCAAAAGGCCUGGUCUCUCAGCAGCUAGACUCUUUUGAUGAAUUUAUCUCCUCAACGAUGCAGGAGCUGGUGGAGGAACAGGGACAAGUUACAAUCGACCAGACGAUCACGCCCAACGAAGACGAAGUCGAUCCCGUCGUUAUCCGUCGAUAUCAAAUCAAAUAUGGCACUAUUAUGCUUGCUCGACCUUCCGUGGCGGAAAUUAAUGGGCGCACCACAAUCCUUUUGCCUAUGGACGCCCGUCAUCGAAACCUCACCUACGCCUCUCCAUUAUAUCUCAAUGUCGAUAAGAAGUUGACCGAAGGUCGCGAACGACGAACUGCGUACCGCGAUGGCGAGGAAAUGCUGGAUGGCAAUGAAGAUCAGAAGGCCAACAACACCUUUCUAGACUGGGAAGAGAAGCCUGUCACUGUCACAGAAGAAGAAGCCAAGGGUUGCUAUAUUGGCAGGAUACCGAUCAUGUUGAAGUCCAAGUACUGUCUUCUGAGGGACCUGAAUGAGCAGAGUCUUUACAACUGGAGGGAAUGCCCUUACGAUUCUGGUGGAUACUUCAUUAUCAACGGAAGCGAAAAGGUUCUUAUUGCUCAAGAGCGGAGUGCUGGAAACAUCGUCCAAGUUUUCAAGAAAGCUCCUCCAAGCCCAACGCCUUACGUGGCAGAAAUUCGUAGUGCCGUCGAAAAGGGCUCUCGCAUUCUCUCUCAACUGUCACUCAAACUUUUCGCCAAAGGUGACAGUAGUAAGGGUGGCUUUGGACCAACAAUCAGAUCUUCUCUUCCAUAUAUCAAAACCGAUAUCCCUAUAGUUAUCGUUUUCCGAGCCCUCGGUGUCGUUUCUGACGAGGAUAUCCUCAACCAUAUUUGCUACGAUCGCAACGAUACCCCCAUGCUCGAAAUGUUAAAGCCUUGUAUUGAGGAAGGUUUCGUCAUCCAGGAUCGAGAAGUUGCCUUGGAUUUCAUUAGUAAGCGAGGCUCCUCACAAACGAGCAUGAAUCAUGACAGGCGUGUGAGAUACGCGAGGGAGAUUAUGCAAAAGGAAUUCCUCCCUCAUAUUUCCCAGAGUGAAGGAAGUGAAACUAGAAAGGCAUUUUUCUUGGGUUACAUGGUGCACAAACUUCUGCAAUGUGCACUAGGUCGACGAGAUGUCGACGACCGAGAUCACUUUGGUAAAAAGCGUCUUGAUCUGGCUGGUCCACUUUUAGCCACGCUUUUCCGAACCCUAUUCACUCGUGUCACAAGAGACCUUACUCGUUACGUCCAGCGAUGUGUUGAGACAAACCGUGAGGUCGUGCUCAACGUUGGUCUCAAAGCGGCUACCUUGACUGGUGGUCUCAAAUAUGCUCUCGCGACGGGUAAUUGGGGUGAACAAAAGAAAGCUAUGAGCUCAAAGGCUGGUGUCUCUCAGGUGCUCAGUCGAUACACAUAUGCCUCUACACUAUCACAUUUACGACGUACAAACACGCCGAUUGGCCGAGAUGGAAAAAUUGCUAAACCUCGGCAGCUACACAAUACUCACUGGGGUCUGGUCUGUCCUGCUGAAACCCCUGAAGGUCAAGCUUGUGGUCUAGUAAAAAACCUGGCACUCAUGUGCUCCAUUACUGUUGGAUCACCUAGCGAACCUAUCGUUGAUUUCAUGAUCCAGCGUAAUAUGGAUGUGCUGGAAGAAUUCGAGCCGUUAACCACUCCAAAUGCCACAAAGGUGUUUGUCAACGGUGUUUGGGUUGGUGUUCAUCGUGACCCUGCUCAUUUGGUUAGCACAGUUCAAUCCCUUCGCCGAAGGAACAUGAUCUCGCACGAAGUCAGCUUGGUUCGCGAUAUUCGUGACAGAGAGUUCAAAAUUUUCACAGAUGCCGGUCGUGUAUCUCGACCGCUGUUUGUCAUAGAUAACGACCCAAGGAGCGAGAACUGUGGGUCAUUGGUACUCAAUAAAGAUCACAUUCGCAAACUUGAAGCGGAUCGUGAGCUCCCAGCGGACCUUGAUCCAGAGGAACGCAGAGAGCAAUAUUAUGGAUGGGAAGGUCUCGUCAAAUCCGGAGUUAUCGAAUAUGUUGACGCGGAAGAAGAAGAGACAAUCAUGAUUGCUAUGACCCCUGAAGAUCUCGAAAUUUCUAAGCAACUGCAGGCUGGUUAUGCGAUGCCAGAAGACAGUUCUGAUCCAAACAAACGUGUUCGCUCUAUAUUGAGUCAGCGCGCGCAUAUUUGGACACAUUGUGAAAUUCAUCCAAGUAUGAUUUUGGGUAUUUGUGCAAGCAUCAUUCCCUUCCCGGAUCACAACCAGUCCCCGCGUAACACAUACCAGUCUGCUAUGGGUAAACAAGCUAUGGGGGUAUUUUUGACAAACUUUGACCAACGUAUGGAAACGAUGGCCAACAUCCUUUAUUACCCUCAGAAGCCAUUAGCAACUACGCGGUCUAUGGAGUUCCUGAAAUUCCGAGAGUUGCCUGCCGGUCAAAAUGCUAUUGUCGCUAUUGCAUGCUACUCCGGUUACAAUCAGGAAGAUUCCGUCAUUAUGAACCAGAGCAGUAUUGAUCGUGGUUUGUUCCGUAGUUUGUUCUACCGAACUUAUACAGAGAGUGAGAGAAAACUUGGGCUGCAAACCGUUGAAAAGUUCGAAAAGCCUACGCGUGUCGACACUCUUGGCAUGAGGAAAGGCACUUAUGACAAGAUCGAGGAUGACGGUCUCGUUGCCCCUGGCGUGCGAGUCACUGGUGAAGAUAUUAUCAUCGGAAAGACAGCACCUCUCGCACCGGACUCGGAGGAACUGGGUCAACGUACCCAGGCUCACACCAAAGUCGAUGUUUCCACACCAUUGCGAGCGACCGAGUCCGGUAUUGUCGACAGGGUUUUGAUUACUGCCGGCAACGACGCAGAGCUGAAAUUAGUUAAAGUGCGCAUGAGGACUACCAAGGUUCCACAAAUAGGUGACAAAUUUGCGUCGCGUCACGGACAGAAGGGUACCAUUGGUAUCACGUAUCGCCACGAAGAUAUGCCUUUCACUCGCGAGGGUGUCGUUCCUGAUCUCAUCAUCAACCCUCACGCCAUUCCAUCCCGUAUGACAAUUGCCCAUUUAAUUGAAUGUCAGCUUAGCAAGGUAUCUUCGCUUCGUGGAUUCGAAGGCGAUGCGACACCUUUCACCGAUGUGACCGUCGACUCUGUGUCUCGACUUCUUCGGGAGCACGGCUACCAGUCACGAGGGUUUGAGGUAAUGUACAACGGCCACACUGGAAAGAAACUCAGAGCUCAAGUGUUCCUGGGUCCUACAUACUACCAACGUCUCCGACACAUGGUGGAUGACAAGAUCCACGCCCGUGCUCGCGGUCCAACUCAGAUCUUGACCAGACAGCCUGUAGAAGGUCGUGCACGUGAUGGUGGUCUGCGAUUCGGAGAAAUGGAACGCGAUUGUAUGAUUGCCCACGGUGCCAGUGCGUUCUUGAAAGAGCGUCUUUUUGAUGUGUCCGAUCCGUUCCGAGUCCAUAUUUGCGACGACUGCGGGUUGAUGACACCGAUUGCGAAAUUAAAGAAGGGUCUCUUCGAGUGCAGACUCUGCAACAAUAAACACCGCAUUUCGCAGAUACACAUCCCAUAUGCUGCUAAACUGCUCUUCCAAGAGUUGGCGGCUAUGAAUAUUGCGGCACGCUUGUUUACCGACCGCUCCGGCGUGUCUAUUCGUUAAUGUAUAUUAUUCUUCCUUGAAGGUUUUGAUCUGCGCAGGCAACGCUGUGGCUAUUACAGAAGGCUGAAACCUCCGUGGGUUUCCCGUCGUGGUAAUCCCGGAGUCCAUUCCUGUUGCGAACUAAAAUAGUAAUUACAGCAUUUUGGAGAAAUUGCGGGCAUAUUGAUUUAAGAGGACGCGGUCUUGUUGGGCAAGGGCAGAACUUGACUGCUCAUGUGAUUUAAUACACAGGGUAAAUGUACUCGUGAUAAGAAAUAUAUCUAUGAUAGAACCAGACACUUCUACUUCAACCACCCCAUCCACAUCCCCUCAUAAUCAACGCUCCAGAUCUAUGUCCCUAUCGGCAUAGUGAGAUGCCCAAGGUGCUCUCGCUCACGCGUAGAUGCAAACGCCUUUGUUUAUAUGCCAAAUUUUUCACCCCUCAACCCCUUAUCCAAG